GAAUGACUUAACUCUGAUGAUCUCCAUGACGUAAUAAUGAACCAUUUGACAAUGGACUGAGGAACUGCGCCCUGUUACAGUUCGAACAUGUGAAUCACGAUCACGAAGGAGACUAGGAAAGUACAAUAAACAGAAAAUUUCAAUCGAACUACAAUGUUAUUUCGCCACCUCCCACCCCCUACCACUGAGAACUAACUUGAUUUCCUGUUAUCAAAAGAUAAAAAGCUGAGCAGAGCCCACUGCAGAGCAGAUAGUUCACAGCAGCAGUACAAGUCAUGGCUAACCUUGAUAUGGCAUUGCAGUAUUCAGGCAUCAACUUUCCCGGACACUUGCAUACAAUGCAGUCUAUGCAAUUUGCUGAGGAGUUCAAGUUUCACGACACGGAUAUACUGAUCGUUACAUACCCCAAAUCAGGUACAACAUGGAUGCAGGAAAUUCUCACACUUAUUUAUAGUGAUGGAAACCAGGCCCCUGCUAAAACUAUCCCUAACUGGGUUCGAACACCAUGGAUUGAACAUUAUUACUGUGAGGGCAUUCUGCAGGACAAGCUUGACAAUCGAAUUAUUACCACCCACCUACCCUUCCACAUCAUCUCCAAAUCCCUCAAACAAUCUAAUGCAAAGGUAAUCUAUGUUGCAAGAAAUCCAAUGGACAUUGUUGUUUCUUUUUAUCAUUUCCACAAAAUAGCAAAAUUCCUACCUGAGCCUGGAACUUUUGGGGAAUUUCUGGAGAAAUUUCUACUUGGAAAAGUCCAUUUUGGAUCAUGGUUUGAACACAUAAAAGACUGGCUAAGCCACAGAGAAGAAUUCAAUUUCAUGUUCAUAACCUAUGAGGAGCUGAAGAAGGAUCUUAGAUGCUCUGUUGAAAAACUCUGCAAUUUUUUGGAACGUUCUCUUUUGCCAGAGGCUGUGGACACAAUUGUAUGCCACUGCAAUUUCGCAAACAUGAAAGAUAAUCAAAUGAUUAACUACACACUUGUUCCUAAUGAAAUUAUGGAUCAUCAAAGAGGCAAAUUCAUGAGGAAAGGUAAAGUUGGAGACUGGAAGGAACAUUUCACAGAGGAACAGAGGCAACAUUUUGAGAAGGUUUUCCAGGAGAAAAUGAGGGAUUUCGAUAUUAGGUUUACCUGGAGUUUAUAACUCCUAUGAUCAGGACAGACAAUUGUUAUUUAAGCAGCUUAAUAAGUAAACAAAACACUUACUUAUAGUUUGUUUGUGUAUGUUGAAAAGGCUCCUGUGAACCAUUUCAGCUGUUAGGAAAACAUGUAACACAGCACUGACAAUGCAUAUAGAUUAAGGUAUUUUAAUUCAAUUUGAUUUUCUCUUAAAUAUAUAAUGAGAAAUAAUCAAAACCAAUAAUUAAGGAACUUUUAGUGUCAUUGAAGCAUAACGUACUUUUAACUCAAUGUAAAGUAAUGUUUAAUCAGUAUAAAAAUGACUACACUCCUCUAAAAAUACCACCACUGGCAAACUACAGGAUAUUGCAAAUCAGCAACAUCUUAGUGAGCCCUAAUUCAAGGGCAAACUGAGGCCUAGAUUACUGUAGUCAAGUGAAUUUAAGUAGCUUUCCAGCUUAGUUUUCUUGUGCAUAUGUUUUUACUAUAUCAAGUACUGGGUGAAGUUUCUAUUCAUUCUAAUUGUUGCCAUUAGGAGUGACUUCGGCGGAUAUUGGAGUUCACAGGUCAUUAAUAGGUAAACACAUCAAAUGCUCAUCAAUCAUUCUGAUAAGUAUGACAAAUCUUCGAUAAGUAUUACAAAUAGGAAAA